AUGACCUCUUUACUCGGUGUAGCCUUUGAAAGUACAAUUCCGUAUGGAAUUGCCUUAUUUUCCCUGCUUGUCGGAGGCCUCGCAUUUUACGUCAUUCAUCAACGCUACUUUCAUCCAUUGGCUUCAUACCCGGGACCAUUUUGGGCAUCAUUGACCGACCUUUGGCAAGUUUUCCAAUUUCUCUCAUUGAAGCAGCCAUAUUGCCUGACCGAGCUGCAUGAAAAACAUGGCCCUUUUGUGCGAUAUGGACCAGACAAGUUGAGCAUUACUGCUGAGGAGGCAGUUGCGAUCAUAUAUCAGCGAGGAGGCAAAAACAUGCCAAAGACGGAGUUUUACGACGCUUACGGCGCCAAAACUCCCAAUGUAUUUGGGAUGCGAGAUGAGCAUAUGCAUUCCAUCCGCAGACGACACAUGUCCCACAGUUUUUCCAUGUCCUACAUCAAGGGUGUAGAGCAGUAUCUGGACGAUAACAUCAAAAUCUUGCGUCAGAAGAUAAGCGGCUUCGCAGAGAGAAACGAGGUGUUCGACCUCAAGAAGGUACUCCAGUACUACGUGAUUGACGUUCUUGGAGAGCUUGCAUUCAGUCAAUCCUUUGGGAUCCAAGUUUCGGAUGACGAGUCGCGAAUCCCCCCAGUCGUCGAACACAGUCUCCUUGGCGCAGUGACUGGUGCUUGGCCGGCGAUGACCAAAACUCUCCGCGUCUGGCUUCCGGUGGUUCCGCAUGCUGGUUUGCAAGCUUUGUUCAAGGGUCGCGCUGCUUGCGCAAAACUCGCGGCGGAGUGCGUUCAGCGGCGGGUGAAAGACCUCGAGGGAGUUAAUGACGCUAAAGGCCAGAGGAAAGACAUUCUUACCAACUUGAUCUUGGCGACUCACCCAGACACCGGUGAGCGCCUUGCGCAGUCCGACCUGGAGGCAGAAGCGUUUGGCUUUAUAAUCGCGGGAACUCAUACGACGAGUGCCACUACCACGCUUCUCCUGUAUCAUCUUCUACAUGCUCCAGAAAUUAUGGCCAAGUGCGUGUCAGAGAUUGACAAUAACUUGAAGCCCCUCGAUGCCGACCAGCCAGCGUACUCGGUCGCAGAAGCAGAGGCAUCCUUGCUAUAUCUUCGCCAGUGCGUCAGAGAGAAUUUCCGCCUGACUCCAGUGUUUACCAUGCCUCUAGCACGGCGAGUCGUCGCUCCUGAAGGGGUUGUUAUAGCUGGGCGACACAUCAAACAAGGCACCUCUGUGGCGAUUUGCAACCAUGCCUUUCACCAUAAUCCAGAAGUUUGGGGCCAGGACCACAACGUAUUCAGCCCUGAAAGAUGGGAGACACCGGAAAUGGCCCAGCGAGCGCGACUUUUGAUGCACUUUGGCCUGGGUGGUCGCCAAUGCAUUGGGAAGACGGUGGCACAAACAAACAUCUACAAGUUGGCCAGCACAUUGCUGCGACACUUCGAGUUCCAGCUUGCUGAUCCGCAAGAGAGGGAAGAGGUGGCCAGCGGCAAGUUUUAUGGACAGCUCCCGGGAAUGAUUAGUGUGGGUAUCAGCGAUCUCGAGCACCCGCUGCUAGUCACUGCGAAAGUGAGGGAGUAG